AUGGCUGCAUAUCUGCUAAGACCUCGAGAUGGGGCUAGAGAUAUUAAAAUUCCAGCCGGCAAGACUACCAUCGGCAGAGGUCCUUUUCUAGGGGUAACAACUCGCUUACUAUUGCUGAUUAUUCCUCAAGACCUUUGUUUUAUCCAUGUUUUCACGGUAAAAUUGUUCAUUAAAAGGUGACGGAUAAGCGAGUGUCAAGAUCCCACGCCGUUCUGGAACUGAAAGAUGGAGAACUCACCAUUUUGCCAGUAAGUUUAAGCUUAUUUAUCGUGUUUGCUAAUUUCCCGCCAACGUGCAUUUGAUGUUCUUCUUUCGAGUUGACUGACACUUAGACACGUACUUUCUGCAAAUAUGGGUUGUCUCUUCUCUAAGUUAUUUUUCUUGAAUACUGUGAGGAUCGGGGACGCAUAAUAUCUACCGUUUAAAGCAGGUAAUACAGGUCUACCAACAGCAGGAAAAUUAUACAAUAAAGUUUUUACUUGUAACCAUGAAACUGCCCCCCCACGUCAGGGCACACCCCCGGGGAUUUGCAAUUUUUUUCUCUUUUGGAGGUCUAUUUCCCAUCCCGGGCACACAGAAAGAGACAAUUCCCCACCCCUGAGUGCCUGAUCAACCUCAUACAUUUUUUGCUGCCGUUUUUGAUCUGUACUAAAGCAAAAUGACUUGUUUUCACAGCUUUUAUGAACGUUAUCCUGAGUUUAUUGAGAUAAGGAUAAUGGAUGUCAUAAUGUAGUUAAAACGUGAACAAUAAAUUUGAAAACGAAUUAUUUAUGAAGAAGAAAAACUCUAAAAAACGCCUCCUUGAUAGAACACUAAUUUCAUGAGAGCACUGGGCCAAAUCUGUAAUAUGCUUGUGAUAUGUAAAUUAUUUCAUUUUCCCCUUUUUUGCAUUGUAAAGCGCCAUGAGCUCAGGAUAUGAGGGCUAUAUAAAUAAAGUUAUUAUUAUUAUAAUUAUUAAUCUCUGUUUCUCUGUCUAUAUAUCAAAAGCCUUGUAUUCAUUUUCAUAUUAAAACUUAUUGUUAUUUAAAGCUAUGCUGAAGAAAUAUUUCUGUCCUUCCUUUUCCAGAAAAAAACCCUGGAUGUCAUAAUGUAGUUAAAACAUGAAAAAUAAAUUUGAAAACAAAAACGAAGAAGAAAAACUCUAAAAAGCACCCUCUUGAUAGAACACUUCAUGAGAACACUGGACCGAAUCUCUGUUUCUCUCUCUAUUUAGGAAAAGCCUUGUAUUUGUUUUCAUAUUAAAACUUAUUAUUAUUUUUUACCUUGUAAGCAGGGGUUUCUUUCCAGCAAAUGUUUCUGGUCCCUGUCCACCUCAUAAUGGACUUCCUCUCUUUGUUUUCUUUCAACUCCAAUUAUUCUACAGUCCUGAGAAAAUCGGAAGCAACAAAAAAAUCAGCCUGCCCACUUUCUUUCUUUUCUUUUUUUAGAGAUCUGGAUGAAAAACAUAUAUUUUUUUAGUUGGCCUUAUAGGUUAAUUUUGAUCUCAUCGAGGUUGAUAUUCGCAGUACCCUUUGUUUCCAAGUCCUAUGGAAAAGAAAGGAAUUGAGAAUCAAACUAGGUUAAAACGUUUUAACCUAGCUGAAAUCAAAUUUUACCUGUGACAUACAUUAUACAUACAUGCCAACUGCACUGCACUUUCACUUUCUACUUUUCUCUCAUCUAACAGCUUCACACCAACCCAACCUUUUAUAAGGCCAGCGUGACAGAAAAGUUUGCAGCACUGAAGAAAAAUGAAAUCCAAAACCUGGCCAGUGGUAAUGUCAUUUCACUGCUUCCUGAUGCCCUUUGCUUUGAAGUUAUUUGUGAAGGAACCUUGACUCUAGAGGAGGGAAGUACCCCUAAGGAAAUAUCUACAGAAGACUUUCCUUCAGCCGACACUAAUGAAAAGGCUAAAGCAAAUUCAAAAGAAUCUUCAGGUACAAAAUCUUACAGCACUUUACCAUAAAUCAUCCAAUAGAGCAUCAUUUGUAUUUUUAAUGUUACAUACAGUUGUACCUUACAAUAUAUUUCUUAUGUCGAAGGAAAAAAUAUUAUUGAAACAAAAGUAAUUUCUUGCUUUCCUGACAUUAUGAUCUGUGAAAAUAAGUUAAGCCAAAUAUGUAGUUUAAAUUAAAAGACCCAUAAUUCAAAACUUAGGUGUACAGAGCCACCUUAAAAUAUUUGUCUUGUGUUAAAUGCUAACAGACCUUUUACCGAUACAGUGGCCAUAUUGAAUUAAUUAAAUUUAAGGAGUAUUUUAGUAUUAUAGCACGAUCCUAUACAUGCUCAGUAUUCAUGCGUUCUUUUUGGGCCAAAUUUUUCUUUAUGUUUUCCUAGAAAAUGAUUGUAAUGGGAAAGGAAUGAUCAUUGUACUGUGUUUGGAUGUAAUAAUGAUCGCCUUUUUCCCGAAAAAUAUACAGUGAAGUUCUCUCUUUGCCAGAAAAGCGCAGGUAAAUACUGAGUGAGUGUCCCCUGGCCAUCCGAUAAUACUCGUUUUAAAUUCAAUAUGGCUGCUGUAUCGGUAAAAAGGUCUAUUUUCCCUAUGAACUGAGCAGCACUGCACUUGUGCAAAAUUUAAGUCGUGAUUUAGGCCUUAAAGUGGUAAUUAUUGCCAAAAAGAAACUGAGCUUGCUUUUGAGUUAAAAGCACACACAAGGCUCAAAAUAAGGGUGUGUUAGUCAAACUGGUGAUACCAAUAACUGUUACCAUUUGUAAACCACUAUUCCAAGAAAAGGGCUACAAUAAGGUGUUCCACAAUGGAAGAUCAUUUCAAUUCAUUGAUGUCAUUGCAGUUAAUGGAUGGAUAGAAUGUAUCCCUAACCACUGGUCCUUAAAGUCAUUUUUUCAAAAUCAAUUACAUGAGCUGUGAAAAUGCUGUUGAGACAGAGAUGAUGAUGAUGACGAUGAUGAUGAUGAUACCUUUAUUAAAGUGUCAAAACUGUUGUAUAACCACUAAGUGGGGACACUAAAAUAAAUUUAAAAAAUAAAUAAAUCAAUUAAUAAAUUAAUUGAAAUUAAGAAAAACUAUGUACAGUAAACUAUAAGCAAGUCAGAAAUUUGAGAGAACUUUAUACAAUAUGUACAAAUGUAUCCAUUAUCUUACAAAAAAUAAGAAGUAAAAGAUUAAGAAGUGCAAAGAGAGCAGUUAUUUUGACCCUUUCAUUCUGUUCAGUUCAAGAACAAAACUUUCCACCACUUCAUUUCUUCAUUAACAUUUUUUUCCACACACAGAAUCAUUCCUUGAUGAAUUCAUGGACAUUAAACCAGCACUGGAAGCUAAGCUACAUGUAACGGCAAAGGCCUCUUGCGGCAGUGAUGAUGGUGUUGAGUCUCCAAACCUUAAGACAGUGAGUCCUUUGUCUUCUGAGUAAUAAUUAUCAUUUAACAGUGUAAGUCAACAUCCUUUUGGAGGAUGUGACUGUCAUCUGUAAAGACACAUACACAUUUUUGUACACUGUGGACUGAUGUAGAGAGAUGUGACAGUCAUCUGGAUGUUUUUAGUUGAUCAACAUGCUGUUUUGAUUAAAAACAGCAGAAAGCAACUGUACAUCCAUAGCACAUUAAAAUUUAAUAAUUGUUUUAUUAUUCAUUCAAAAUAAUGCCUAGUUUAAAAAAAAAACUGAAACAUGCUUACACGUACCUCCAUUGAUGUUAAGUUCAUCUUCAAUUGCCUGUUUAUUGGCAAGUUUAGACGAUAAAGGGUUGUUCAGCUCUGCAAAUACUCUCCAAAUAGCAGAUGCUGUUGGUCGAGUUUUACAGUACUGCUCAAAAGCAAGUUACCACCCUCUCGUGAGACGUGAACCACAUAGAGCGCGACAAGAAUCACGUGGUGCGCAACGUGAUUCACAUAAAGCAUGAUGACCUAAAAACUGUAAGUACAAUGUUUGUAUAUCAUGGCCAAAAUUGCUGUUCUUGCUGUGUUUUUAGCCAAUAGUUCGCCUAUUUCUUCCUCGCAAAACAAGUGAAAUGUCUUCUCAGUACCAAAACAAUCAAACCUCAUCCCCAGGUUUUCUCGAUUAAUUGUCGUGUUUUCUGGCAAUUUUGCUGUAGAAUUGAUGUCAUUUUUCACAUAAUUAUUGCACACUUUUUCCACUUGGUCAACAGUGGCUGGUUAUGGUGAAUUAUCUGUGGGAUUUCAGCCAAUCAGAAAUGGAUAUUUUGAUUGAAUGAAUAAUAAUAAAUAUUAUUAUUAUUAUUAUUAUUAUUAUUGUUAUUAUUAUUGUGCUUGUUCCUUUUAUUAUUAUUUCAUUUUUUAUGAUUUUUUUCUCAGAGCGGAGAACAUACAGCUUCACCAUCCAAACCUCAAAUUGAACCUGCGCAGCCAUUACAAAAGACUCGUAGACUUCCCUCUUGGUUGAUGGAAUCAACCAGUUCAGAAGCAAGGUCUUCAUUGAAGAAGGAAGGAAACAGAAAGGGAAAAGCUCCUGCAGGUGAAGUACUAUAAUGUUAACAGUAGGUCAUGUCCAAGUUCAAAAACUCUCACUUUUAUAGCGAGGCUGAGUGCAAAACCACUCUUUUGAAAAUGAGUUUUUAAAUUUACAUGAGUAUAAUAAAAAUUAUAAUAAUACUACUCUCAUUUCAAAGGCUUCGUACUUUGUCUUGUUUUGAAAAAGAGGCUUGGGACAACUCCCUGGGGGGUACUCUAGAUUUCGAGUGAUAGGAGUGAUCGGAGAACUGUUUAGGGUUUGAAAUUUUUUAUUCCCAGAUAUUUUUGGGUAAGAAAAUUUUGCAAGUUGAUUUGUUUGGGUAGGAAUUUUUUGUGUAUUCUAAACAAACUGAGGAUUCAUUGUAGUGCCCGCAUAUUCCAGCCAGGUAGUUCUGAGAAUAAAGUACGACCAAACUUGAUCAGCAGCUUUUUGUAAUAUUUGACAGCAUAUUUUUGGGGGAGUUUGGAUGGACAUGGCCAUGGAUUAUAAAUUUAAUUUGACAUGUUUUUCUCCAAAAAAAGGAAUAUUCACUCCCCAACUAACCCCCCCAUAGACAGGAUUGGCUAAAAACUGAUCACAGCUGGUACAGCGUGUAUGGAACAUUCAUUUUCUGGAUGCGCUCCAUGUAAUUUUAUUGUUACAUCUUUGACUUUUCCUUUAUUUUGGGAUACAUGUACAUACACAAUGUUCAUGGUUUACAUUAUAUCAUGUAUUCAAUCGGCGACAAAAUUGUUGGGACAUUGUACUUAAAUAGGGUAGUUUCGGAGAACAAAGGAAUCCGCACCCCUCCCCUGUCCCCUCCAUGCAAAGUUGGGGUGUUUGUUGUUUUCUAUAGGCAGCUAGAACAAGGGCACAACAUUGCACGGAGGGGAUGGGGGAGGAAAGCUAUAUUUCCUCCUUUUAAAGUUAAUAAAACGUACAAAAGCCCAGUUUUGGGCGAAGUGUCUCAACUCAUUUUGUCGCCGAUUGUCUGAAUAGAAAUCUACGCGCUGUUGUCUUAUUAGCACUGGUUAGGAGACGGUAACUAGUUGAGAUUACUAUAUACACCGGGUUGUUUUUCAGAAGAUAGAUAAGAUACCCAUAUAAUCCCUUUCCUGUGUUUUUCGAGGGAAAAUUAGUUUUGACAAUCUUUGUACUCGGUAGUGUUUUCAAGUAAUUACGCAGCAUACCCACGUACGGAAUGAUUGAUUUUCCUCUGGUAACUAAGUGUGAUCGGUAGGAAUCGAUGGCAGGUCAUAUAUUGUAUCUGAAUAUAUCCCUAGUAAGUUCGAAGUGUUUAUUCUAAGUUUGGCUAUUUGAUAAGGGUGGGAUGGGCGAUAAAAUAGCCAUGAUUACUAUGCGCAGGAGAAUUUUCAGGAAAAAUGUUCCAACUUCUAGCGCACAGCAAAGCUGCAUAGCAUCGCUAAAUCUGUGCAGCAGAUUCGUUGCCCAUAUACCCAUAAGGGUCUUUGAAGAAUGUACUUUACAGUAGAAACUAUGAGGUCAGGAGGGGACUGAACUUCUCUUCACUAUUCCCUGGUCCCUUGUCUUUUAUGGCAUGUACAUGUAGGAUGAUUGUUUUUGUUGUUUUACUUGAAUUGCAGCAAGUAAAGCUGGGAAAGCUACACAAAUGACAGCCUUGAAAAUGCAGAAAAAGCAAGCAAGAACAGACUCUGCAGAUAGGGAGAUUAUUGGCAGUGACGAUGUUGAUGAAAAAGAUAGUGGAAGUUUGAAGGCAAAAGGAAGAUCAACAAAACAAAAAAAGAGAACAUCAGCUGACAUGCAGGAGAGUGAUAAUGAUACAAAGCCUACAGUGUGUAAGAAAACUAAACCAGCUGCAGCAUGUGUUAAUGAGGACUCAUCUUUGGCGACUGCAAAGACCAAGCCUGUAAAACUUGCAAAACAAGUCACAGCAGAUGAGUUAUCAAAUGAAAGUGAAGAAGAUGCAAAACCUGCUGUGUCAAAGGUUAAGGUUAAAUUUUUUUUUUUUUUUGUCAGCUAAUCACAUUGUAGUUGCAGUGGGAAGGUGGUAAUUUUCAUUAAAUGCCUGCUGACAAGAUUUAUUUUUAGGAACACCAGAGCAAUAAAAUAAUAGGAAAUUACUUAUUGCUACAGCUGUAAGCCAAGAAAAAAAAUAAUAUAUCAUGACUUGGAAGUCAUGAUAAUAUUUUUUUCUUGGCACUGGAAGUCAUAAACCGUAAUAAAAAUUAAUGUACGAUGCACUUUGAGGGCAAUUCAAGAUGGCGGGCAAUAGGAAACUCAUUAGAUUAUGCUAAAGUUUCAUACAGCUGUAUAUAAGCUGAAUCAUAUAGCUCUACUACUCUACUUGCUCUACUGGUUAAGAAAUCUAAGUGGAAAAAUAGUGAAUCUUUGUAAGUUCAUCCUGAAAAUGUCACUGGAAAACUAUUUGGUUCUGUUAUUUUAAGAUCACAGUAAGGUCAUGAUACCGAAACUAUUGUUAGUAUGAAAUCCUAGGGCUUGCACCUGCAGCUAAAACAAUUAAGCAACUUGACUUUGUGUUUCUUUACUAUUACAGGUGCUUUAAUUUAUGUAUUAUUAUUUUAACAUUGAAAGCUUCAAAGGCUGCGUAUUAAAAUGAAAAAAAAAAAUGACAACUACAUAAUUUUAUUAUGACCUUGUACUAUUCAAACAUUUUAUAUUGAGAGCACUUUUAACAUGUCUCCGUUCAAUUUUCCCAAAUUAUUUCUGUCAGUAGUUUUCUACAUGUACAUGUAGUUUCCAGAAAUCUAAAAAUUAGUAGCAGCAGACACUCUUUCUUUUUGCGUAACCUGUCCUCUAAUGAUAGCCAUAAAUUAUGAUUUUGCUUUGCUAAUUGCAAAAGCACUUUUUCUUCUCUUUGUAAGAAAAGACAAACAAAAGCUACUGAUCCUGACAAAGACAAGAGUGAAGACUCCAUACUUCCACCCUGUCCAUAUGGAAGCGAAUGUUACAGGUACAUGUGGAGUGUGAUACCAAAGGUCAUGAAGUAUAAAUAAAGUACAAAGAGUAUAAGACAAAAUAUGAGAGAAACAAUAAUGGUUUUAUGAUAUGUUUUCAAUCAUUGAUUUAUUUUCUCUCUCGCUUCGCCUUUGGCUUCUAAAAAAAUACAAGACUAGGAAAUAUAAAAUACUGAAAUACAGUUUUACAUAUGACUUGUAUUAUCCGCUGUCCAGCAUGCAAUGCAAGGCGACACGUUGAAAGUUGUGAGAACAUUGUUUCUUGGUCUCAGACCUCUAAUAUUAUUCAUCGACUGUUUGUAAUUUGCCCUCUUUUGACCAAAAAAAAAAAGAAAAAAAAUCCAUAAUACCUGUACAUUAUAAUAAUGACAACAAUGAUGAUAAUAAUAAUAAUAAUAAUAAUAAUAAUAAUAAUAGUAAUAACAAUAAUAAUAACGAUAAUGUACAAUAACAUACAUGUAAAAAUAGUAAUAAUAACAGGCAUUUAGACAAUACUAUUAAAGGAAUUUUAAUAACUAAAACAUUUAAUAAUCUUUUAACAGAAAAAAUCCUGUGCAUUUUAAAGAAUAUUCACAUUCUGAAAAGGAUAGUAAAGGUGAGAGUGACAAAGCUGCAGAAGAUAGUGAUGGUGAUGAUGAUGAUGAAGAUGAUGAUGUUCGACAAGAAUGCCCUUAUGGCACCACUUGUUAUAGGAUAAAUCCCCAACACAGAAAGGAUUUCAAGCAUAGCAAGGCUCCUGGUAGGCUUGUGCAUUAUAUCUAGCAGAACUGAUAUCAUUGGGUGGCAUAUCUCUUGAUCUUGAUUCAUGUUUGCAAAAUCAAUGGACUGGGUGCAGCUGAGUGGGAUUUGAUAGAAACAUCUACAAUGUCUGUAUUGUUUACAGCUUAUCUGUUGUAUAUAAAAAAUGCCAGCUCAGGUCUGCACUUUUUCUUCUUUUGAUAAAGAGCAGGGAAGGGACAUCAAUCAACACCGCUGGAAAGGUGACUCGACCCAGUUAUUUUGUGAGGGUACCAUCCUGCUUUGAGGCUCUCUGGUAUCCCCACCUUUACUUUGAUCGUAAUUCUAACAUAUAGCAUGGAUAACAUAUAGAUCAAUCUACAAUCGGCGCAUUUACAAGGCCCUAAAGCUUUUUGCUGACUUGCAAGGACCCGUCUGUUAUAAAGAUCCCCAAAAUAAAGGGAUAAAUCUCAUAUAGUUUAUUAGAUAUACAUGUAAUCGUGUAAAGUUUGUUUAUCAUUUUUGCAUAAAUUAUGGCCUAAAUUUAGAAACCGCUGAAUUUCUUGCAUUGUGUCUUUGCGAUUUUGGUGAAACUCUGUUCAAAGCAAGGCACUAAUAUGCACUAUAUUUAGCCGAGAGAUUUUCAAGAAAAAAUGCUGGCAACCGUAGAAUUUCGACUCAGACCCCAAAGAGGCAUGGCACUAUAACCACGUGACAUUUUACUCCGAUUGCCAAAUAUUUUAUGCUAUAAUUAUUGUAGAUUGAUCUGUAUAUUAUCUAUGCUAUAUGUUAGACUUACGAUCAAAGUAAAGGUGGGGACACCAGAGAGCUUCAAAGUAGGAUGGUACCCUCACAAAAUAACUGGGUCGAGUCACCUUAAAUUAAGGUGAAUUACCAAGUUCAAAUGUGAAACGUCCAGAACAAAGGUAUUGCUCCACAAAGUUGCAAAAUUGAGCAGAUGUUUGUAUGGUGGGGCCCUGCCUUCUAUCCCUAUGUACACACAUGUAAAAGCUGUAUCAGAGACUUACUUUUCAUUAAAUUAAUAACUUUCAAACUUAGCAACUUCACUGAUUUUGAGGCAUUUUUUACAGCUCUGAUGACAGAUUUCUGCGAGCUGGUUCCAGUCAAAAGUUGAAAAAGCCGUGAAAGGGUCUAUUAGAGAGAAUUAAGAUCAAAACCACCUGACCGCGUGCAUAAAACCACCUUUCAUAAUAAAGUUAUAACAGAUCUAGCCAGUGUUUUUUUGCCCUUACAAAAUAAUGAAGGGAUGCCUGGAGUAUAGCCCCUACUGACUUCUUAUAAGGAUAUUAAGCUUUUUGAUUUUCUUCCCGGCCUAUUUGCCUUGCAUACCAAAUGCUUAUGAAUCAAGGAAUUUGGCAACAAAGCAGGGGUCACUUAGGUUGUUUCAUGUUUAACUCUUCAAAACAAUGUGGACAUUUCUUUGCCAUUGUUUUACACAACUACAAUGCCAUUUUGCAAGUCAUAGACUAAAAUGUGAAACUUCUUAGUUACACAUUAUGUUUUAUGUAGGAAUUGUCGUAUGUGCCCACCAAAAAUUUUGUUGCUUUAAUUUCUUCCUGUGCGUUUUUACUUUUUUCACUGCCGCUCAUUUUCACCUUGCUGUACGCUAGCUACAUGUAGCAUAAUUGUAAUUAUUUUCUCAUUUGCUCAUCGCCGCUAUGAAAUUUCAUGUUUUUCUUCCAAUAAAAUUCAUCUCCAUUGUUUUUAAUCACUUGCUCUGGCUCUUUCUUGGUUAUCCGCCUGAGUGUAGACAUCAAAAUAACAUCAGAUUCUAAAAAGACUUGACUUUGUUGUUGUUUUUUCUCUCUAAAAGUCCUGGUGGCCAUGCAAUUUCCUGCGAAAAACACCUCAAGUUGCCUGUGGUGUCAUACCUGUUAAUUGAGUUAUUUUAGAUUGGAGGUAUACCUGUUGUGUGGAUGGAUGGAUGGUCGGGCAUAUGGACAUGUGUUUACUAAAAUUUUUUGGAUGGAUGAAUUACCAAAUUUUCUUAGGCGUGUUGAGCUCCACUAUUAUAGUUGUAGUUUACCAGUCAUACUGUAGUUUACAAGCCAGCUGAGCUAAACCAAAAUAAAACCUCCAUAUAUGACUACAGAGUAUACUAUUAAUAAUAACAAAGUGACCGUCAUACUGGUCCAAAAUGUUUAUACAUUAAUUUUUAUAGUCUCAUGUGGCCACCAUUAAUAAUGCGGUUGUGACUUAGCAAUGCUCCUUGUGCAGAGUGGCAGAUUUGUGUGACAACUGUGAUAACAGCUUGGUAUGUAGGAGACUUACGUGUAAUUUUUAUGUUCAAAUUAUAACAGGUCGCCCCAAACGGUCCAAAUCCAAGCUCAAGAGUGUAGUUGCUAAUGAAAGUGAUGAUGAUGGACCAAACACACACGAUUACAAUGACAGCUUUAUAGAUGAUGCUGACGAAGAAGACGACAGCAGUUACUCUGCAGGCUCUGAUGACUCCGACUGGAAACCACAGGGUGGAGAUGAUAAUGAUGAUGAUGACGAUGUUGAUGAAUUGCUUACAGAGGCACGUGGCUUUCUGCGCAGUAAGAAAAUGGCAAAGCCUGUUUAAUGAGUUUAAACCCCCUACUGACCUCCUCUUAAAUUCACUGGAAGUUAUAAAUUAAACUUAAUGAUUCAAAAGGACGACAUAAUCUAACUUCCAAAUUAAUAUACUUGUACCUUUAAAUUCUGAAAUGGCGGAAGAUGGAUGAUUUGCUUCAUGCCAUCAUUAUUGAAACUCGUUUUACCACAAUCGUUAGUUCUCUUAUCUGAUCAUAUAGAUUAUAAUAUCAUCCUUUUGUAUUGUUAAGUUUAAUUAUUUUCUAUAAUUUCCAGUGAAUUGUAGAGGGGGUGUCAUUAAGAUGGGUCAGUAGGGGGUCAGUGUUUUGUCGUAGCCCUAGACAAUCUGUGAGCCAGUAAGCCAUGCAUUUUGUGUGAGUCAUGGGAAAUUUUUUAUGAAAUUGCAAGUACAUGAUAAAUGCUUUUGUGUAGUUCCCUAUGGGUACAGUGUAUUGUAUGUGUGGUUUUGCUGCUGGUAUUUGCAGAAUUAUGCAUUCUUGGUCAACUUUCAUUAAUUAGGGCUGAGUGUUUAUUUUACUGCAAGGAUAAAGCACUCAUUUUACAGUAAAUCUUUUCCAUAUUACUGCUUUUUCCAUCAAUUUUCUGUAUUAUUUUUUUGCAUGGCUUCCUGCCUGGCUGGCUGGCUGGCUGGCACUGUCAGUCCUUACUCUAUCUAGUACUGUUGUUGAGUUAUCACCACUAAAGUACACUGUAUUUUAAUUUUAAAAUAUUACUAUUAGUAAUGGUAACAGGAUUGAGU